AUGGGCUUCCGCGACCUCCUCGAGUCCAAAAUCGACUCUAAACUCCACCGCAAGACAUCCAGCACCCAAAUCCAACCCGAGUCCGCGCCGGCCCCGGCUUCGAGCAGCUCAUACUCGUCCGGUCCUCCGCCGCCUCCGCAAGUCCCUUACCCAUGGGCUCCGCGAUGGGACGAAAACUACCAGCGCUGGUACUUCUUCAAUGAGCAGACGGGAGUGUCGUCUUGGGAUGUCCCGUCUCAGGAUCCAUCCUACGGUUAUGGUGCGCCGCCUCAAGCUCCAGUCCCUGCUCAGGGCCGGUACUAUGAGCAGCAACAGCCAGAAGAGUCAACGCAGAAAAAGGACGGUGAAGCCGAGAAGGGGUCUGGGGAUUUGAAACCCGAAAGCAAGACGAAGAAAAGGCUUAGCACUCUCAAGAAAUUGGGCAGUAAGGUGAGGAAAUCCCAUCAUAAGAAAAAGAGCAAGGGAAAGAGUAAGAGCAAGGGAGCUGGAGAGGGAGAGGGAGAGGAGGAGGAAGAAGAUGAAGAUGAGGAUGAGGAUGAGGAUGAGGAAUCGGGGUCAGGGUCGGAGUCAGAAUCAGAAUCAGAGUCGGAUGACGAUGACGAUGACGAGUGA